AUGCUUACUACACCAUGGAAACCUCUACAUCUCUUGUACACCAGCCUUCACAUAUAUGCAGGGUUUGGUUUUGUGUAUUUUGAAGAUGAACGGGAUGCUGAAGAUGCAAUCCGCAAGCUUCACAACUACCGUUUUGAGAAACGCACGCUAUCAGUUGAAUGGGGGAGGGGUUAACGCAGCAGGCAUGGUGAUGGGUCAUAUCAGAAGCCUACAAAGACAUUGUUUGUCUGCAACUUCGACCCCUUUAGAACAAAAGAAGUCGACAUUGUAGAGCACUUUCAACCCUAUGGAAAGGUCAUCAACGUACGUAUGAGGAGCAACUACUUAUUUGCUCAGUUUGCAACUCAAGAAGAUGCUACAAAAGCCUUUGAGGCUACUCAAAGAAGCCAAAUAUUGGGCAAGGUUAUUGCUGUUGAGUAUGGCUUAAAUGAUGAUGAUGAAAGAGAUGACCGACGUGGUGGUGGUAGUCCGAAGAGAUCUCCUAGCCCUGCGUAUCAUAGGCGUCCAAUUCCUGAUUAUGGUCGUCCUCGAAGCCCUGAAUAUGACAGAGGCAGGACUUAUGACAGACGCGGGAGGAGUCCAUCAGCUUAUGACAGAAGCAAGAGUCCAGCAGCUUGUGAAAGACGCAUGAGUCCAGCAGAUUAUGGACAUAGGAGUCCUGAUAAUGGUAGACAAAGGAGUCCUUCUUAUGACAGAUACAGAAGUCUAUCUCCAGUUCCAAGAGGAAGAAAAGCUGAAGAAUAUGAAGAAUGCAGAACCAGAAGCUACCAAGAAUGCUUGUGA